UGGAUUUGUUAACAUGGCGCAUGAGUAUGGAAGCCCAACACCUGAAGAUUUACAAAAUAAAGUGUACUUUCUGUUAGAAAAGUUACAACAAAUGUCUUUAGAGUUGCCCACGAAGUACCAGCAGCGCAUCCCGUGCGAGCUGCUGUCGGGGCUGGCCAACUGCCUGCUGAACGAGACGGUGUUCGAGAUAGUGAAGGGCCUGAUGGAGAUCCAGCACGUCACGGAGAAGCACCUCUUCCAGCAGCGCCUGCAGCUCAUCAACAAGCACAGCCUGGAGCUGCAGGAGCUGCUGCAGCGCUGCCCGGACGAGGAGGCCCGCGCUCACCGCCGCGCUCUGCUGCUGCAGCGGCACAGGACGGAGCUCAAGUCCACCGACAUGAAGCUGGUGAUGCAGCUGGACCAGAAGAGCAAGACGUUCAUCCGAAGAUGUAUGGACUGGACUGAUACGGAAAAAAAACCUAUACGUGAGCGACCAGCAGGUGGUGCUGGAGAAGGCUGGCGUGCCGGGCUUCUUCGUCACCAACAACCCGCUGGACGUGAAGGUGCAGAUGUUCCUGCUGGACUUCAUCCUGCGCCUCAGCAACAUGAAGCUGCCCUCGUGACCGCAAUCAAUAUCAUCUGCUUGUGAUGAAACACAAGCAUUUAAUGCAGAAAUCAUUUUUUACAGAUUUUUAUAUCAGCCGCAAAAAGUAUACCAACAGAGUGGUUUUUUUCCUCCAAAUAUGCCACAUACAAGUAUGUAAACUAUAAAAGUUUUACGUCUAUUUUAGCGUAUUGUAACUUAAUUUCUUAUAUAAAAAAAAGAGUGGCAUGUUAUGUAAAAUGAGUUGAGUGUCGACAUAUGAGAUAGUGAUAGUAGGUUAUUUUCAUUAGAACGAAGAUUUUUUUUUUACGAAAAUCAGAACAAUACAUUGAUUACAGUUUAUUAUAAGACACGAAGAAUAAAACUAAUUUUAAAAGUAGGUAUACAAUUUUUGAAGUGAUGUAACAAAUCAUCGGACAUUCAAGAGGUGUCGGCAUUGAGGCCGGCCGACACGUCACAGUUUAAUGACAGAAACUUGAAGAGUGAGUCAAUGUUGGCAUCAGUGUGAAACAGCAUUAGAAACUAAAAUCAGUUAUGUCAUUAUUUUUUCCCCAGUGUAAGUUCAUUAAAAAAAAGGUUAACACAGUAUGUCACUCACGUAUUGAACGCUUACGAAGACAAAAAACUCUUUUCACUAGCCAGUGAAGCACAACUCUGAUUGUAGCGGACAAAGCACAUCAGCAGAACUAUGCAGAGUUGUCAGAUGGCUACAGGUCCCAAAAUAAACUGUAAUGGUGCUGGCAGUCACAAAACUAUUAUUUCUAGCAGCAUUUUGCUAGAUUAACAUUACAUAUUAAAUACGAAUAGUUGAUCACUGUCUACUUAAAACAUGUGUAAAUUAUCUUCGAAAAGGUUUUAGCUUGAUAUAAAAAUCAGCAAUGGAUCUAGAUUGUAUUAUGUUUAAUUUUUUUGUCAUACAUAUAUAAAAUGAACCUGUGAUAAAGAAAAUGUAAGAAAGGUUUACCUAAAGGUCAUUAAAAAUUCUUUAAAUGUG